GGCUUUCCGGUUGGCUGUCUGGGCUGUCACUCGGCGAAGGCUUGGGGCCGCACUUCCGCCUUGGUGUCAGCGGGUCUGGGCCCGGGGCUGUUGCGGGACCAGUUUGUGAACUCCUUGAGGGUAUGGUCUGUCUUCCUGCAACACUUACGGGCCAGAACUUGAAAACUGCGUGCCUAGAAGCACAUAUGGUUUUGUGUGUGCCUGUGUCAGUCUUGCAGCUCCACCAAUGAAUAUCUGCAAAUAAAACAAAAUCCUGGCCUUGGCAAAUUCUGCAAAGUAUUUCAGUGUAUUUUACUGUGUACAAGCAUUUCAUUUUAUCACCUUUUAUAAGUACUCCAGUAGGAGAUAAACAGUAAUUUCGUCUCAAGCUUGCAACUGAGGGAUACUUCAGACUUUCAACGUUGUUAAUACACAAGACUGCUUUUUAAAGUUCUGAGCUGAAGCACUGGUAAACUAGUGACCACAGGAGAAAGCUCUGUGUGGAGUUUGAAGGACUAAUCGCCAACCAAAGCCCUUGUUGGAGUAGGGGAGUGAUCUCUAAGUUUAUUGGCAUGCAUAUCAUCUAAAGUGUCUUGGUAUUUAUGAAGGAAGAUUCCAUGCCACAAAAAUGUGUAAUAUUUAAAUCCAGCAAAAUGAUGCAUUAGAGGAAGCCAGGUUGCCAGUUCAAAGACUUCAUACUGAAGGAUGAAUAGUGAAGAGGAGUUCUUUGAUGCCAUUACGGGCUUCGAUUCCGACAAUUCUUCAGGAGACUUUUCAGAAGCAAAUCAUAAAGUUGCAGAAAUGCUUGAUCGGGAUCCACCCCAAAGCAAUAGGACUGGAAAACAUAAUGGAGAGAGGCAGCUUCAUGAGAAUGGAAUUAAGAAACACAGAACAUCAUUACCUGCACCGAUGUUUUCUAGGAGUGAUUUCAGUGUGUGGAGUAUAUUAAAAAAAUGCAUUGGACUGGAGCUGUCUAAAAUUACAAUGCCUAUUGUCUUCAAUGAGCCACUGAGCUUCCUCCAGCGGAUAACCGAAUACAUGGAACACAUAUACCUCAUUCAUAAAGCUAGCAGUCAUGCAAACUCCCUGGAAAGAAUGCAGGCUGUAGCUGCUUUUGCAGUUUCUGCAGUAGCUUCGCAGUGGGAGAGAACUGGCAAACCAUUUAACCCUCUACUAGGAGAAACGUAUGAAUUAAUCAGGGAGGAUUUAGGCUUUAGGUUUAUAUCUGAACAGGUCAGUCAUCACCCACCUGUUAGUGCAUUUUAUUCUGAAGGCCUCAAUAAGGACUUUGUUUUUCAUGGAUCAAUCUACCCCAAAUUAAAGUUCUGGGGGAAGAGCGUAGAAGCAGAGCCCCGUGGAACAAUUACUUUGGAGCUUCUAAAACAUAACGAAGCUUACACGUGGACAAACCCAACCUGUUGUGUACAUAACAUAAUUAUAGGUAAACUGUGGAUAGAACAGUAUGGAACAAUGGAAAUUAUAAAUCACAGUACUGGAGAUAAAUGUAUCCUUAAUUUUAAACCAUGUGGACUGUUUGGGAAAGAGCUUCACAGAGUAGAGGGUCACAUUCAGGACAAAAACAAGAAGAAGCUCUCUGUGAUCUAUGGCAAAUGGACAGAAUGCUUAUGGUGUGUCAAUCCUGCCACAUAUGAUACUUCUAAAAAGAAUGAAAAAAGAGGAGGUGACCAGAAGAAAAUGAAGCCGAGUGAAGAGGCUGGGAACGAUGAGGCCGAUGAUAUGCCAGAGAUCCAAGAGACUGUGCAAGUCAUACCAGGCAGUAAGCUGCUUUGGAGAAUAAAUUCUAGACCACCAAACUCAUCACAGAUGUACAAUUUCACCAGUUUUGCUGUGAGUCUCAAUGAGCUGGAAACGGGCAUGGACACAGUUUUAGCUCCCACUGAUUGUCGUCUACGUCCAGAUAUCAGAGGCAUGGAAAAUGGAGAGCUGGACCUGGCUAGCAAAGAAAAAGAGAGACUAGAAGAGAAACAAAGAGCCGCUCGUAAAGAACGUGCAAAAGAUGAAGUGGAAUGGAGGACAAGAUGGUUUCAUCAAGGCAAUAACCCAUACACUGGAACUUCAGACUGGUUAUAUUCAGGCGGAUACUUUGAUAGAAAUUUCUCAGACUGUCCAGAUAUAUACUGAAAUCUCUGAACCCAUCACUCCAUCUCAUCUGGACAUCUAGUUGUUAAAUUUCAAUCUAUGCCAGUUAUUCUGGCUUUAAUAGCAAAAAACAGCUUUUUCUAAAGUAACUUUUAAUGAAAAUUGUACCAUUCACCAAUCAAGGAUUUGUCAUUAAUUUUGAAGGCCAAAUAUUUAAAUGUUGUUACAUCCUUUCCAUAAAGCUUUCAUCUGAAAUCAUCAUGUUUUCACUAAGUUUUAAAAGGGACUUUGGUUGUCUUUUUUUCUCUUUUUCUCUUUCUUUUUCUUAAUUUUUGGUCAAAGGUAUGCUGUAGCGAAUAGAGUUUACAGCACCCUUUUAAUUCUAUAGCUCAGAAAAAAUAGCAGUGAUAUCCUUGUUACUUCACUUAGUACAGCAUUAAAGAAUCUAACUAUCCAGAACUUGGAACAAUGGUAAAUUAGUACGGUACAAACAUGGUCAAAUCAGGCAGAGUCAGCAUUCCCUGUGAAGAGAUGUAUGUGACGUUUUCAAAUGGUAAGCAGAGCUGAAGAGAUUGGAGCUCCGGGUCUAUCUCAGUACAAUUCAGUAAUUCAAAGACUUGAAAAAAACCACAAAACACAGAAUGGUAGGCUUACUGCAGUUUGAAAAACUGCUACUCUGAAUUGUCUCUGUCUUUGGGCACUGUGAGCAUUACUUAAACUAUAUACCUAUGAUAACAAGUACAUAAAACCUUGUGUGUUCAGGGAUGGGAAGGGUGCAUUAACAAACAUCUGCUUUUUAAAAUUAAAAUGUUACUCUUAAAAUACAGAAAACUUCAGAAAGAUUUGUAGAAACAUAGAAGUUGUGGUUACAGUGUAAGAUAAAGAUAUUGGAUAUUGCUUGCUACCACUAAGAGGGUUGGGUCUCCAGCACUACUUUAAGCAGCUUAGGCAGUUUAUGCUUCUAGACUGACUUUUCCUUGGAAGCACUCAGCUUAUAUCCACAGAUGGUCUUAUUUGUUUUUAGUUUUAUUUUGUUUCUUGUGCAUGUUCUGAAGCAUUACUGGUAACAUCUGGUUGUAUGUUGUUAAAAAAAAAACAAACAAAAAACAAAACACAACAAAAACCCAAUCCGUGUAAAGCUAAGUGGUGUUAACUAAAGUUAUUUUAAAACUGGUAUUAGAUAUAGUCUCUGUAACCACUUGCAGUCAUAAAAAAUAGAUUUAUUUUUGUUAGCAUAUAAAUGUUGGAACGAUUUGCACUGCAAAUCAUUUGACGAUAUCUAUAAAUGUAUGGAGUUAAUUGUUAAAGUGGUACAUUUCUGAGAAUGGGAGGGGGCUUAAACAAUUAGGUUUAGAAAUUAAACCAGUUUUAAUAGUUGCUCUUUCUUUUAUGAAAGCUCUCAAUUUAGUAACCAAUAGAAACUGGCAGUGUUGCUGGUAAGUUUACAGUCAUUCAGAGAUUGCUCAUAUUAAACACCAGCAUUUCUUUGAGUAUUCAUGAAAGAGUCAGUCUGAUUUCCAAAUGCAUUUGAGGAUGUGUACUUGUGAUGUCAUCCAAAGACUAGAUUUUUGAAGUGCAUUUACCAGCUAGAAGAAAAAUGAAAAAUAAAAUUCAAGAGAAACAUAUUUCUUUUAUGUGAAAUUAUGCACCCAAAGAUGGGAGAUAUUUGAUAUUUGUUGCAUUUUUGUUCAUUUUUCCAGUGAAUAAGGUAAGCUGUGAAGGUUCAAAGCAAUUAAGGCACAACUCUGAAAUAAAUUCAUGUCACUGUAUCCUGUUGUCAGCAAUCAACGUUGUUGACCUUGAAAUCUCUUGGACAUGCAGGCUAGUCUUGAUGAUAUUGUUUAUAUUGGUGUGCUAGAGAAAAAAAUAUUCACUCCUGAUUUAGGUGCAUUGGCACUUCUGAUUUUCAUAAGGCAUAACUAAUGCAUAUGGACAACUUAAACUUCUUCCGAGCAGCUUUUUUUGUAAAAUUAAACCUAAAAGAUUAAUAUUUCACAUACUUUAAGCCCCUUCAAUUUUCUUGCAAGUAGAUGUUAACAUAAGGAGCACUGGACUCAGCUAUCAGUGAAAACAGUGAAGAGGUUCAAGUUUUAAGCCAUUUUUGUAAUGUUUCAUGAAUAAAACUUGUUUAAGCUAAA